AUGAAUAUAAGUGUUAAGGAGAGCCUAGAACAUGUGUGCGAGGUUUUUUCAUUUUUUGGUAUAGACUACAUAUCAGCUGAAAUAUUGAGAAGAGGAAAGAAUGAUAAGAAAAUAAAAAGAAGGAAAGUAAUAAUAAGAUAUAAUUUUUUAAUAAAUGACUUAUGUUUAUUGUAUUUUUUUGAAUUUACGAGAAGAUUUAAACCUAGUUAUAAUGAUUAUAUAAAAAAAGAAAUAACCAAAAAGGAAGAGAAAUAUAUAAAAGGUAUGAAAAGAAAUGAGAGAAAUAUAAAUAAUAAUAUAAAUAAUAAUAUAAAUAAUAUUAAUAAUAAUAAUGAUUAUGAUGAUGAUGAUAAUAUAUUUAGUGAUGAUGAGGAUUAUUUAUAUGAAGGACUUGAUGAUGAUACAACCUAUUUUGAUGACUUUAAUUUAAUAUGUCCUUUAGUUAUUUUGUUACUAGAAUAUUUUGAAUAUCCAAGAUUAUAUCAGUUAUUAAAAUGUAACUUUCAAAAUACAAAAGAAUUAUUAUUAUGUAUAGGUUUUUUAAUAGAUAGCACAAAUUUAUUUGAACAAUAUGACAAAAGACAAAUUUAUUAUGAGGAAUUCUUUAAAAAUAUAAACAAUAAUAAUAAUAAUAAUAAUAAUAAUAAUACUGUAAAUUAUAAUAAUAAUAAUAAUAAUAGAAUAAAAAAAGAUGCAGAUAAAAUAAACGAAGAUAAUAAUAAUAAUAAUAAUAAUAAUAAUAAAGAUUACUAUCAUUUUUAUCAUUAUAUUAAUGAAGCCAUGAAUUUACUAUGUAAUAAACCAUAUGAUAUUGAAAUGUUUCAAUACAAAUAUUUUUAUAACUUUUUAGAAUCAUUGAAAAAAAAAAAAAAAAGAAAAAAAAAAGAAAAUUUUCGUAUCGAUAAUAAAAGGAAAUAUGACAAUAAAUUAAUUCUUAAAGAAAAUAAUAAAAUAAAUGAUAAGUUUAAGUGUGAACAAAAUUAUAUUGUUGAUAAGGGAAAAUCACUCAAUAAUUUUGAUAAAGAUUAUAUAGACAAUUUUGAUGAUAUAUAUAUCAUAGAAAAGAAUUUAAUAACAUUAAUAGAUUAUAUACAUUAUGAUUAUUCUACAUAUCAAGAAGAAUUUCUUAAUUAUUAUUAUAGUAAUAUUUACUCUUGUUUAGAAGAAGAUGAUAUAUAUUUAGAUGAAAAUACACAGAAGUUAUAUACAAAAGAAAUAAUAAAAAAUAUUAAUAAAAAUUGUAAUAAAUCAAUACAAAUAUUUAAUAAAAUACAAAGACAGAUAUUUCAUUUACAACAUAUAGAUCUUAUAAGAAUAAAGCUUUUCUGUCAAUUCAAUGAUAUUGUUACAGCAUAUAUACAACCACAUAAUGGUAUACUACAUAUAAGUAAUUAUAAACAAAAUAUUAUGAAUACAGAAUGGAUAACUGAUAAGUGGGGAUUUAAAAGAAAAAUUAAAAAAAUUAAUCUGGAAAAUAAUUUUUUAUUUAAUAUAUCUAUAGAUAAUGAAAAAGAAAAUAACCGUAUCAUUAUAGGUCUUUCACAAGAAAACAACAACAACGACAAUAAUAAUAAUAAUAAUAAUAAUAAUAAUAUGUCUCAUAUUAAUAUGACAAAAAAAUGCCCAAAUAUCUCAUUAUCACAUACAAAUAAUAAAAAGAAUAUAACAAAUAAUUAUGAAUCAUCAGAAUUUUUUGAAGAUAUCAAUUUAGAUAUAUUAGAAGAAAAAAUAAAUAUUAAUGAAUUUUUUAUUCUAAAUAAUAUAUCUUUAUAUAAUAAUAUUAUUCAUAUAUAUAAAAACGGAAAAUACUUUUUUUCAUAUGAACAGCUGAGGGCUGUUUUUUGGAUAUGGAUACAGUCUUUAUUUUCUGAUAUUUCAGAUUUAGAAACAGAUAUUGAAGAAGAAAAAUUAAAAGAGAAAGACAGUAUAAAUAUUCAAGUGGAUUUCUUUGAUAUAAAUAAUAAUAAAUUCUUUCAUGAUAAUAUAGUACAUUGUGAUGACAACAAUAAUUUACAAAUACACAUACUUAAUGAUAUGACAAAUUUUGAGAUGAACUACAGACUAAUAAAAGAAUAUCUGAACGAGAAAGGAUGCACAUGCGGUUACAAUAAAAUUAUAAAAAACGAUGAAGAAAAGAAUACACAUAAAUUAAAUAAUAUUAUUAAAUAUAUUAAUAAUUUACAUAUCGAAUAUGAUGCUUUUUAUAAUUAUAAAAAGAAAUCAAAAAAUUUAAAAGGUGAUAUGUUUGUAGAAUAUUUAGAAGAGAAGAAAAAAAAUAUGGUCAUUAAUUCAAAUAUAGAAAAAGAAGAUUAUACAACAUUAUCACAUAUUGUAAAUAAAAAUUUAAUACCUAUAGAUAAAAUAUUAAACUAUAACCCUAGUCUGGAUUUUUCAUAUAUAAUACAAGGUAUUAAACAUAAUAAUUACAUCAAAACAUCUAUUAAUAUAAAUGAAUUACAAGAAAAGGAUUGGUAUCAUAUGUAUAUAUAUCAUAAAAAUAAAAAAAAUAAAUCUUCAGAAAAAAAAAUCAAAAACUCAUCUACUCUAUUAAAUCAAAAUAUUAUAAAUAACGAACAUAAUAAUAAUAAUAUUAUAAGAUUAACAUCAUCUUCAAAAUAUAGAAUAAAUCAUAAACCAUCAACAUAUGCUUCAACCAUUUUUCAAUAUUCUGAACAGUUCAUAUCAAAUAAUGAUAUUUAUACUUUUGCUGAUAAUCUUUAUAAAAAAAAAGAACAUUUCUUAGAAAACAUAAAAACAAAACAACACAAAUGCAAACAUAACUUUUAUCAUCUUCUUUCUAAAGUGGAAACAUAUAUGAACUGUGUUGCAUAUAACUUAUAA